CGAGAUUGAAUUGUUCGGAGAUGGCCCGAGAUUAUUUUUGCAAUAGGGGUAAGGCAAAGACUCGUAAGUCAUAACUAUCUCGAGAUUAGUAUUGAGUUAUAUUUAUAUCUAAUUCUACAAAUCGAACAUCUUUUUGUGAUAUGUUAUGACAUUAUUUUGGUUGGAUGAAUUUGAUAGCUUUAAUUAAGGCACUGUAAUCAAUAUAUAAUUUUUUUCCUAAUCAAUUUUAAACUCAGGCUAAAAGAAAAUCGUUAUCCUAGUUGAAGAAGUGGGGAAUUAAAAUUAAAGAAGCGAAAAAGAGGCCCCACUUUACUUGGCUUGGACAGAAAGAAAUGCACCUUUUUUAAUGACUGGAAAAUUGGAAAAUUGGAGACACAGAAAGAGAGAACAACAAUGGCUUCAUCGUCUUCAUUCUCAUUUAAUAUCCCCGCAAUGCGUUUGCGGAAUACUUUAGAUAGUGUUAAUCAGUCUUACCGAAGUAUGAGCCGUGAAAACAAACAGGAGUUUUGUCGUUUUACUAACGCAAUUUUCAAAUCUAGCAAUUUGAAUUAUAGGAUUUGGACGCAAGAUGAUGGUAGUUUUCGCUUAGGCAGCCGUCCUAGUGAAGACACUCGGUCUGAUGCCGUCAAUUUUCAAGACAGGGAGGAGCGGCAGAGUGAGAGGGAGAUGGAUCGUGAUGAAGACAACACUGAGUCUGAUGCGACCAAUUUUCAGGUAACGGAGGAGGGGAGGGGGAGGGGGAGAGGGAGAGGCCUCCUGCCUCCGCCGGCGCCUCCACCUCAGGCUCAGAUUGGGGCUGACAUCCAAAGGAGGAUUGAUAGGCAAAAUCAAAACCGGAACCAAAGGGCUAUUGACAGGGUGGCGAAGCGUGUGCAGCCUCAGCCUGAGCAGCACAAUGUGGAGGCUGAGCCUCCGCCUGGGCCUCAGCCCGAGGAUGAGCAGCACAAUGAGGAGGAGGAGCCUCAGAAUUUGUUGCUGGAUAAUGUGGAUAAUGAGAAUUUGGGGCCUCAUGAUCUGUCGCCUGAGAAUUUGGGGCCUCAGAAUUUGUUGACUGCGGGGGAUGGGGAGAGGGAGGAGCAGGCUGUGGAUAAUGAGAAUUUGGGGCCUCAUGAUCUGUCGCCUGAGAAUUUGGGGCCUCAGAAUUUGUUGACUGUGGGGGAUGAGGAUGAGGAUGAUAUGCCGGCUGAUAAUCUGAAUUCGGAGGAUGAAGACGAUGAUAAUCUGAAUUUAGAGGAUGAUCUGAUCCGCCUAUUCAGCCUGUGGUUAAUCUGAAUUUUGUGGCUGAUCCGCCUAUUCAGCCUGAGCCUGUGGUUAGGGAGCCUCCGCGUGGGGAUAUGCGGGACCAAGGGGCUAAUAGUAAGAGGGCGGUGAAGACGGAUAAGAGAGAGCAGGCUCAGGAUGGGUUCAAUCACUUUAG